UAUGUAAUGGAAUGAUAUUUCAUUAAUUUGAAUUUGACGCGUCGGAGUGACACGCGAUAAAAUGGCGGAUGACGUGUAAAUUAAUUUAGUGGAUUAUAGUGUAAAAAGAUAGAUUAAAGGAUAAAUGAACAUUAAAUGUCGUUUCUUUGUAUUUCAGAGAAACAAUUUUGUGUUUUCAUUUAGAAAAAAUCCUUAAUAAUAUUACUUAUAAAACGACAUUUUUGUUUAUUAAAAAAGAUGGACCGGCUGCAAUUUGAGUUUACUAUGAUAGCCUCAAUCGAUGGCAAAUCUAAUAUAUUGGCCAUAACUUCAAUAUUGACAGAAGAAGGAAAAUGUUAUGUUUUACCUGAUGAACUGAAGCCGGUGAUUCAUCACAAAUAUAUAGUUAAAUUGAACACUUUUUCAAAAAUAAAAAAUAGUAUAAAGAAAAGGCACCAAAGCAGAAAGAUAUGGGUAAAAUUAGAUGAAGAUCUAAAGAAAACAUAUAUAGAUGAGGAAGGUAAUAUGCAAUUUUUAGAUCAAUAUUUAGAGGAAAUGAGCACAAAACAACCAAGAGGCAAUGAUGAUAAUUUGCAACAUAUCCUGGAAAAAUUAAUAGAAUCUACGACAAAAAAAGAAAAUCAACAUAAUUUAAAACAUGUUUCAGAGAAAUUUAUUAUUGAAAAAUUCACAAGUAAGAAUCCUAAUGCAGUGCAAUGGAUAGAGAAUUUUGAAAAAGAGUGUGAGCGUUUUAAUAUAACAAAAAAUGAAACAAUAAAAGAAAAAAAAGAAAAUCUAAUACAAAAAAAUACAAUAUAUUAUAAGAAAAUAAAGAAACAUGAAAAGAUUAUCCUCUCAGAAGAAUUUAGUAAGAAACUUAUAAAAAAGGUGCAUGAAGAUUUAUGCCAUAUUGGGAUCAGACAAUUGCAGAAAAAAAUAAGUCCAAUAUACACAGCUAAAAACCUAACAAAGAAUAUCAUAAAUAUUUGUAAAACAUGUGAAAUAUGCAUAAAAAAUAAAUCAAGAGGUCAAGGAAAAUUUGGAUUAAUGUCACAACUGGGACCAGCAACAAAACCAUUUGAGAUAAUGUCAAUGGAUACUAUAGGUGGCUUUGGAGGAUCUAGAUCAACAAAAAAGUACCUACACCUUUUAGUAGACCAUUAUACAAGAUAUGCAUUUAUUGUGACGUCAAAAACACAGAAUGCAAGUGAUUUUAUAAAACUAACAAAGAAUGUACUAGAAACAGAUGAGAUUGGAAUAAUUUUGACAGAUCAAUAUCCAGGCAUCAAUUCAAGAGAAUUUAAGCAAUAUCUAAAUGAAAAUAAUGUGAAAUUAAUUUUUACAGCUGUGAAUACACCAUUCUCAAAUGGCUUGAAUGAAAGGUUAAAUCAAACAAUAGUUAAUAAAAUAAGAUGUAGAAUAAAUGAGAAAAAUAAUAAGAGAACAUGGACAACAGUGGCAAGAGAAUGUAUAGAGAAAUAUAAUGAAACAGAACACUCCGUUACAGGUUUUGCACCAAAAUAUUUACUGGAUGGUACAAAUGUCAGCAUUCUACCAAAUGAAUUAAAAAUAAUAGAGGGAGAAGACAAGUGGAUUGCUGAUAAAAGAUUGGCAUUAGAAAAUACAAUAAAAUCCCACAAGUAUAAUAAGAAAAUAUUUGAUAGAAAAAGAAAAAUGCAAGAGUUUAAUAUAGGAGACAGUGUAUAUGUUGAGAAUGGAAAUAGACUGAAUAGAAAGAAAUUAGACGAAUUAAAAAUAGGUCCUUUUAAGAUAGUAGGGAAAAUAUCGAACUCCAUUUACAGGAUUGACACUGGUAACAGAAAAACAGAAUCAACUUUGUUCCACAUAACAAAAUUACAACCGGUUACAACAGAAUCUGAAGAAGAUGAAAUAUAAGGAAACGAAUAUGAAGAUAGCUAUUAAGUAUAGUGUGUAGAUAUAUUAUUCAGAAUUUUUUCUCUUAGGGGGGGAGAUGUAAUGGAAUGAUAUUUCAUUAAUUUGAAUUUGACGCGUCGGAGUGACACGCGAUAAAAUGGCGGAUGACGUGUAAAUUAAUUUAGUGGAUUAUAGUGUAAAAAGAUAGAUUAAAGGAUAAAUGAACAUUAAAUGUCGUUUCUUUGUAUUUCAGGUAAGAAUAAUUAUAAUAGUUAGAUCAUAAGUGCAUUAUAUUAUAAAAUGUGAUAAAUAAAAUAAAAACUUUGUA